CAUGCUCCUCUGGGUCAAUACCACUUCCCCACAGAUAACACACUUAGUGCACAGAUAAUACACUUUGCUUCAUUGGAGAAUUUGCAUGUUUGUCCGAGAGUCGUUUGCAUGAGCGGAAACAUGAUGACCUUCUAAAGACACCACCUGCUACAUCAUAUCUAUGUUGACACUGUGCAGAGCAGCAGGUUACUGUUGUGCUUCCCUGACCGUUCCAAACAUGAAUCUCACGUCUUCAGACGAGUGCUGUGCCUUCGAGUCUCCCAUGCUCGACCACGUUUUACCUCCAAUACUGAUCUUGGAGUUCAUGUUUGGGCUGAUGGGGAACAUUAUUGCCCUGUGGAUGUUCGUCUUUCACAUGGACUCAUGGAAGCCCAACUCUGUGUACCUCGCUCACCUGGCUGUCGCCGACUCCAUCGUGAUGUUCUGCCUACCCUUCAGGGCCGACUACUACAGGCGGGGGAAGAACUGGCUGUACGGUGAUGUCCCGUGUCGUAUCCUGCUUUUCCUGCUGGCAGCCAACCGUGCUGCAGGGAUCUUUUUCCUCACAGCCGUGGCUGUUGACCGUUACUUAAAGAUUGUCCACCCACUGAACCGGAUCAACCGAAUGGGUAUCGCCUACGCUCUCUGGGUCUCUCUUGGUCUCUGGGCUCUGAUUUUUCUUGCCACUGGAUAUCUUCUUGCCAGUGAGCACUUCUAUUACAAUAACAACCAUACACAGUGUGAGAGUUUUAACAUCUGCAUGGGCUUCAGUCCUCUCUUCACUUGGCACAACACUUUCUACAUGACCCAGUUUUUCCUGCCCUCAGUAAUCGUCGCUUUCUGCACCUUCAGAAUCACAUGGCAGCUGAGAAACAGGACAAUGGACAAACAGGGGAAAAUCAAACGGGCCGUUCAGUUUGUCUUGGCUGUGGCUUUAAUUUUUAUUAUCUGCUUUUUUCCCAGCACUGUCUCACGCGUAGCUGUCUGGAUACUCAAGGUAUGGUAUAAUGAAUGCAAAUACUUCCAAGAGGCCAACUUGGCAUUCUACACUUCGGUGUGUUUCACCUACUUCAACAGCGUCCUCAACCCUCUUGUCUAUUACUUCUCGAGCCCUGCCUUCACUGGCACUUUUGACAAGCUCCUGAAUAAACUGCUGAGAAGGAGCGGCAACAAAGAGCUGACAGAUUCAUCUGAGAAUGACAUCUCCACCAUUGAUGGUAGAAGGGAUUGAAGCCGGCUGCUGUUGUGUACCCUUUCUUCCAUUGCAGGGAUACUCUAAUGAAUGCAUAGUGCAUGGUAAAUGCCUGGCUACUGAUAGAACUAUCCUAGUUUAUAACAAAAAUAAAAAUCCAGAAAAGAUUUUGCUGUGAAAAACAAAGUACCCACCUAAAAUAGUAGUUUAGUGCUGUGUACUUGUAGACAUAUUACUAAAUCCCUUGUGAGAGUAAUCAUAAACCAUUGACUGGAG